UACGCACAAAGCAUAAAAAAACAUCUGCUUUUAACACUGACAGUAUGACGUCGUGUUUAUCUCGUAUAAACUUCCAAACACCAUUCGCAUUUUGCAUAAACAAUCAAAACAACACACAAGAAAUGGAGAUGGGAGUUUCUGUGAUGUGAUACCAAUAUAUACGUAGUUACAAUGUAUUGCAAUCUGAAGAAGUGUUUGUAUUGUAAACAAGCCGUGCGAGCUUUAAGCACAAGUGAAAUUUCUACAGCACUUAGGCCUUUUUAUUUUACUGUACAUCCAGAUCUUUUCUGUCAAUUUCCAACUCAGCGGACAGUGAAUGAAAAUUCCUUAAAAAUAUUAAGUUCAGCAUUAGAAAAUUUACAGCAACGAAGACCCAUAAGACCAACAACUUUGGCUUUUUAUCUUCGCUCAAAAGAUGAAAAAGAAUUAAAAGCUGGAAAAUUUACUUUGGUAAACAUACAGUUGAAAGAACAAGAUAUUCGCAAAACAAUUCUGUCUAUAUUAAAAACAUGUAAUCUUCCCACAACUUUUGUUGAUAAAAUUGAAAAAGAGAAACCUGUAAGUGAAAAUAAUACCAGACCUACAUUAAAAUUUUGGAGUCGCUAUUAUUCAGGAGAAAAAAUAGAUUUUUCUGAAUUAGAAGAUAAUCCUAUUUAUGCAUCUAUUUUCAUGAGAAGAAAAAUAAAUACUGUUCCAGAUACACUCAAAGCUUAUUUAGAUAAAAAUGUCAAUGAUGCUCAUAUUAAAUUUGAAGCCUGUAGACCUAUUCGAUCAGAAGUUCAAAAGUUGGAAUCUAUGUUAUGCAAAGAUUUAGGUUUGAAAUAUAUAAUUUGGGAUUGUGGUUGGAAUAUUACACAUUAUAGAGGCUGUUUGUUAGCUUUCAAAGCUCUAUCCCAACAUCAUCCUGAACCUAUGAAAGUUUUGAAUGAUCGAACACUUGUUUUUGCUAAUGACACUGGAAUUAGUGUUGAAGGAAAUGUAAUGCUUAAUUCUGGAGAAGUUCGUCACAACUGGCUUGAUUUAAUAAAAAAUGUCAGAAAAUAUGAUGCAGUACUUUUACGAUUGCCAGCUUUUGAAAAAGCAGUAUCAAGAGUAUUACUUGAUAUAAAAGUUGGACGAAGGAUAUUUUGCAUGUGCAGGAAAUUUAUGCCAAAAGUUAUGGUGGGACAAUAUGAAUCACAAUUACGACAAUUAACAACAACUCUAUCAGAUUACCGUAGUAGAAGAAAUUAUCCAAGUUCCUGGCCAGAAAAUUUAUCUACUUAUGAAAUUGUGAUUGAAGCAGAAGCCGGACCACUAAUGUUGUCUCCAACUGGUCAAUUUAUUGUGCCAUCAUCAUGCCCUAGUUUUUUACUAGUCAGCUUUAUUACAGAAAAUCUUGAAGAAGCUACAAAGAGAUUGAACCACUACAAUAAUAUAAAACAUAUAGAACGAGAAUUACAUGGGAAGGUUAUUAAAGAAUUAGGUUUAAAUGCAUUAAACAAAGAUGAUAGUAUAACUCCAGAUUUAAUGAUACAGUGCUGUGAACGUUUGUUGAUGCAUAAGAAUGUUUUAGCACCCAUUUUGAAUGAUGUGAUGCUUUGGGUUACUCAUUAUUAUUCUGUCAUGAGUGAUGGAGUUUUAUGUGUUCCAUGGGAUUGGAAACUUUGAAAUUUUUCUUUUGGAAUGAAAUUUUUACGACAUGACAAUAAUGGAAUUCAACUAUUCUAACUAUACUUUUUAAAUUGGUAUCUUAGUUUUAUAUAUAUUUAAUUUGUAAAUACCUACCAAAUUUCGACAACCUCUUAUGUUUGUAGAUAGUGAAUUUUUAUUGUUUUUACAUUAUAGCAAAAUGUAUAUAGUAAAUAUACAUUUACUGAUAUUACAAAAUCAGAUUUGUCAUCAUGAAUUUAUAUAUAUUAGUGUGGAAGUUGUUACAACGCAUGAGUAUAGUAAGACAAAUAUUACAAUAAUGAAAUCGUGAAUUUUUCAUUAUUUAUGAGAACAACAAUUAUUUUUUUAGUAGCUAAUUGAUUUUUAUAUGUUCUUUAUGUGACUGAAGAGUAUAAAAUUGAAUAAACACCUAUGAGAAUCAUAAAGAUUUAUCAUAAGAUCUAAGACGCAAUUAAUACAUGUAGAUGAAAUAAUAGUUACAAGUUAUUUUAUGUAUACAUUUAUUAUUUGUAGCCAUGCCUUAAUAAUUAUAAGAAAAUUUUUUUCUUAUAAAAUUUAUUUCACUUGGAACCAAUCAA